CCCUCCUCCGCCAGGCUCAGCUUGCACUCCCGAUAUCUCUUUACAUAACGGCGCAGGGCGGCAUGGGUCCGGGCCACCGCCUCCGCCCGGCUGCCCGCCCGGACUGUCGCGGCCCGCGGUGGCGACGGCGGCGGCUGCAAAGUUUCCCAGGCGGCGGCGGCCCGGGGGCGCAUCCUCCCGCAACUGUCAAGCGCUGGCGGCGGAAAUGAUGAGGCGCUGGCCAUUUUCCGAGCCCGGGUUUCCUGCCUGAGCCCCGCUCCAGCGAGCCGCGAGCGAGAAGCCGGCGCGCGGGAGAGGACGCUCCCGGGGCGGGGACCCACCUGCCCUCUCGGGAUUUCGGGAGCCCGGGGGCGCGCGACGCCAUGGGCCGGCCGGGCCCGGAGCCCCUGUCUCUCAGCCCACCCGCACCACCUGGGUCUCCGCCAUGAACGGGCCUGCCCUGCAGCCCUCCUCGGCUUCCUCCGCGCCCUCGGCCUCCCCGACAGCGGCCCCGCGGGGCUGGAGCGAGUUCUGCGAGCUGCAUGCCGUGGCCGCGGCCCGGGAGCUGGCCCGCCAGUACUGGCUGUUCGCCCGGGAGCACCCGCAGCAUGCGCCGCUGCGUGCCGAGCUGGUGUCGCUGCAGUUCACCGACCUCUUCCAGCGCUACUUCUGCCGCGAGGUGCGCGACGGCCGCGCGCCGGGCCGCGACUACCGGGACACAGGCCACAGGCCCCCCGCCAAGGCCGAGGCGCCCCCGGAGCCGGGCCCUGGCCCCGCCGCCCCCGGCCUGCCCAAGGCCCGCAGCUCUGAGGAGCUGGCCCCGCCGCGGCCGCCCGGGCCCUGCACCUUCCAGCACUUUCGACGCAGCCUCUGUCACAUCUUCCGCCGCCGCUCGGCGGGGGAGCUGCCCGCGGCCCACAACGCCGCCGCCCCCGGGACCCCCGCAGAGGCUGCCGAGACCCCCACCCGGCCUGGCCUGGCCAAGAAGCUCCUGCCCUGGAGCCUGGCCCGGGAGCCGCCGCCCGAGGCGCUGAAGGAGGCUGCCCUACGCUACAGCCUGGCCGACGAGGCCUCCAUGGACAGCGGGGCGCGCUGGCAGCGCGGGAGGCUGGCGCUGCGCCGGGCCCCGGGCCCCGACGGCCCCGACCGCGUGCUGGAGCUCUUUGAUCCACCCAAGAGUUCAAGGCCCAAGCUACAAGCAGCUUGCUCCAACAUCCAGGAGGUCCGGCGGUGCACACGCCUUGAGAUGCCUGACAACCUCUACACCUUUGUGCUAAAGGUGAAGGACCGGACAGACAUCAUCUUUGAGGUGGGAGACGAGCAACAGCUGAAUUCAUGGAUGGCUGAGCUCUGGGAGUGCACAGGCCAAGGCAGGCUGGAGAGCACAGAAGCAGAGAUGCAUAUUCCCUCAGCCCUAGAGCCCAGCACAUCCAGUUCCCCAAGGGGCAGCACAGAUUCCCUUAACCAAGGUGCUUCUCCUGGGGGGCUGCUGGACCCAGCCUGCCAGAAGACAGACCACUUCCUGUCCUGCUACCCCUGGUUCCAUGGCCCCAUCUCCAGAGUGAAAGCAGCUCAGCUGGUACAACUGCAGGGUCCUGAUGCUCAUGGCGUGUUCCUGGUGCGGCAGAGCGAGACGCGGCGUGGGGAAUACGUGCUCACUUUCAACUUCCAGGGCAUAGCCAAGCAUCUGCGCCUGUCACUGACCGAGAGGGGCCAGUGCCGUGUGCAGCACCUUCACUUUCCCUCGGUCGUGGACAUGCUCCACCACUUCCAGCGCUCGCCCAUCCCGCUCGAGUGCGGCGCCGCCUGUGACGUCCGGCUUUCCAGCUACGUGGUAGUUGUCUCCCAGCCACCAGGUUCCUGCAACACUGUCCUAUUCCCUUUCUCCCUCCCUCGCUGGGAUUCAGAGUUGGGCCUUUCCCACCUUAGCUCCUCUGGUUGUCCCCAGGGGCUCAGCCCAGAGGGUCUCCCUGGGCGAUCCUCACCCCCAGAGCAGAUCUUCCACCUGGUGCCUUCGCCCGAAGAACUGGCCAACAGCCUACAGCACCUGGAGCCUGAGCCUGUGAGUCGAGCCCGGGACUCGGACUAUGAAAUGGACUCAUCCUCCCGGAGCCACCUGCGGGCCAUAGACAAUCAGUACACACCUCUCUGACAGAGGAAUUCCAGGCCUCAACAGAUGCCCUUGAGGAGCACAGGCAGAAGUGUGAACUUGUGAAUGUAAUGAUUUUUCCUUCCUUCCAGAGAGAUUUAAGGGACACUGCUAACUGCUCAUGCCAGUUUGGACGUGACCCUUCUAUUAGGCCUGUUGAAGGGCCCUCCUGUAAGUUGUAUCUAUCACCUGGCUUUCUCCUUAUUGUUUACAGAUAUAGUUCUUGUUAGAGGAUGCCGCUAGCUCAUGCCCAGGGUCCCUAUGCCUAGUCCCCAUUAGAGAAAGGAGUUGGGGUGAGGGCCAGAGCUGGCAGUGGAAACUUGUUCUCUUUUUCACUGACACGGUCACAGCUGAUGACAGACUUUCUACAGGAAGAGGGGUCAUCAGGAAGUCCAGAACACUAACAAGCCCUGGAUUCUCAUGGUCCUCCGAUCUACUGUCAGUCCAUGUGGCAGGUCUGUUGUGUCCACGCCACAGAUGACCACAUCUAAUCUGCUUCUACUCUCAGCUUUAGGACAAAAUCUGUCAGAGGGGCAAGCUAAAGGUCAAAAAUGAUUUUAAACAUUUUACCUCAGACUAAUUUCUUUAAGGAAUUCAGGUUCAAAAGUAAACCAUUGCUUAUUUCACUGCACUGUUUCAACUAACACCCAUGCAAUUUUUGUAGUUGGAGACAGCUAUGCAAACCCUGCCUGACUGGUUCACGGUCUGAGCCAGAAUGCUAGCUUCCUUGUCUACUGCAGUCUCAGGACAGUUACCUGCCGCUGAGUGGCCACUGUCCUUCCCAAAUGUCAAGAAGUGAAGUGUGUCACCCUUUCAGGGAAAUUCAGGCAAUUACUGAAAAAUGGAGGGUGGCAAGGAACAGUUCUACCCUGGUGCCUUAUGAAUAAAAAACUGGAUUCUGGUUUA